UUUUUAUCUGAAAGUACAAGCUACAGCCGAAGACAGUUAUGCUCCAGCGGCUGGGUGCGAUGCAUGGACUUCUUUCCGACUUGGAUCCCAGCUUUAAUAACAGAGUAAUUUCGAGGGGAGUUGCGGUUACUGGGACAAAAGCAUUGGCAGCAUCAAUAACAAAGGCCGGGGUAAAGCGACAUUUUUUCUCCGUAAGGAAAUUGAUGUGCGUAAAGAAGGGAUGCCAGCCAGGCGUGGCUUGCAUUUGAAUAUCCAAUUUGAGAAUGCGCGGCGGACUAUGUAUAUAAACGGCUCUUACAAUCCAAUAAACAGACAUCUCCAUGUGAUGAAUAGUGCGGUACGAUUAAUGAAAUAGUUUCUUUUUUUAUGAGGAGCAAGGCACCGCGCGCCGGGCACGUCCUCGCGGGCAUCUGCAUGGGUCGGACCCCCGCCUCACACAGGCAACCGCUCCUCCACACUCAGCCUAUAUUUCACAUCACAGCAUAAACAACUCUGCCAAGCUGUGCGGCGAUGGCAGAGGUCGGGGGAUUUCUCGGGGGCCUGGAUUUGGAUUUACAAAGCUUGCCUGCUCUGGGACCUCUCUCCGAGUCGCCCGCGGGUUUGAAUGAAAGAUUGGGACUCAUCGAGGGGAGAUUACAGCGCGGCUCCCUGACGGAUUUUGAACAUCUUAAAGGGAUUCUGCGGCGGCGACAGCUGUACUGUCGGACCGGCUUUCAACUGGAGAUAUUUCCCAAUGGCACCGUCCACGGCACCCGGCAGGACCACAGUAGAUUCGGUAUUCUGGAAUUCAUCAGUUUGGCAGUGGGCCUGGUCAGUAUUCGUGGAGUGGAUGCCGGGCUGUACCUGGGGAUGAACGACAGAGGCGACCUCUAUGGGUCGAAGAAGCUGACGAAGGAGUGCGUGUUCCGCGAGCAGUUUGAGGAGAACUGGUACAACACGUACGCCUCCACGCUCUACAAGCACGCCGACACGGGCCGCUACUACUACGUGGCGCUCAACAAGGACGGCUCGCCGCGCGAGGGCGGCAGGACUAAGAAGCACCAGAAGCUCACCCACUUCCUGCCCAGGCCCGUGGAGAUCGACAAGAUCCCGCAGGCCUACAGGGACCUGUUCCAGCCCACGUGACCGAACACAGGGCCUGGGCCAUGGGCAGCGCCACGGCCGCGGCGGCCGCAAGACGUUGGUGGUGGUGGUAGGGGGGUGGUGGUGCUGGAGCUGGAGGAGGUGGAGGUGGAGGUGGAGACGGAGGCGACGUCGUCAGAAGAGAGGACGACGGACUAAGUGGUGGAUCUGGAUCAUAGAUCUUGCUCUGGGAUCCCGCUUGUUACCGCCUCCUCCUUAUCCCAACAAACCCCCGUGGUCGCGGAACAGUGUGCAUGGGGGGGAGGCACUGUUGUCGGAGGAAGGAGAUGGCGAUCCUGCAUGUUUCCACCUCUCUCCCCUCAUCCCCCCAUCUUCAAUCACUACUUCUCUAUCCACCACUGAACCCCGCAUCCGUCCGUCCGUCCGGUCUGGCUGCCUGGCUGACUGGCUGGUGUUUAUCCUCCGCUCCUGGUGCUAAAAUAUCCAUGGCUUUAGGCCCUUUCCUGUGGACCAGAUAAACAAACAGAACAGACCGCACGUGUGUGCAUGUGUGUGUUUGUUCCAGGAUGUUUGCCUCCGACGUCCAUCCUUCGCAUCAAUAUGUGGCUCAAACAUUAAAAACAAAACAAAAAAACCCAACUUCCUUCUCUUCUCCCAGGCUGGUGGCAAGCGCCGGCACACACAGCAGGUGGAGGGAGGAAAUGCUCUUGUUUGGAGCGGAGGAGUGAAGUGAAUCGACUGACUACCGCAUUGCCAUGGUGUGGGCCAGGUGGCAGUCAUCAUUACCACUCGAUCACCUGAAUUUCAAAUCAGGUGGCAGGCACAAAAGAAGAAAGAAAAGAAAACAAGGAGAGGAGGAGUUAUGUUGUGACAUUUGGGGGGCGGGGGGAAUAAACUAAGGAAACCACUCUUGCUGACACAAAGGGAAAAAAAAUGAACCACUCUGGACCAGUGUGGGGAGAUGAACCCUUCUGAGCAUGACCAGGCAUCUGGUGGCCACUACCACAGCACCUGUUUGCUUGGAGUAAAGGACGUGACCAGGAACGCCGACAUAGGGGGGGGCAAAGUGGUCAGUUG